AUGGGAGUGAAGGUUGAUGGUCGGCAGCUACACCAUUUGCGCUUUGCUGAUGACAUCGUACUGAUGACACCUAGCAUCAGCCAAGCGGAACGAAUGCUGACCGAAUUCGACGAAACAUGUGAAUGUAUCGGUCUUCAGCUGAAUCUACAAAAGACGAUGUUCAUGCGGAACGGAUGGGUUUCGGAUGCCCCAUUCACGCUCAACGAAACGAACAUAUCCGAAUGCACCAGCUACGUUUAUCUGGGUCGGGAUCUAAACACGAUGAACGACCUGACCCCCCAGCUGGGCAGGAGGAGACGAGCGGCUUGGGGAGUGUACAAGAGCAUCGAGGAUGUAGUGAAGAAGACCAAGAACACCCGGCUCCGUGCUCACCUCUUCAACACCACCGUACUUCUGCUUCUGCUCCUGCUUUGA